AGAAUGUCGGAGAGGGCCGCGGAUGACGUCAGAGGGGAGCCGCGCAGAGCGGCGGCGGCGGCGGGAGGAGCAGCGGCGGCCGCCAGGCAGCAGCACCAACAGCAGCAGCAGCAGCAGCAGCCGCCCCAGCCGCGGCCGCCCCUCCAGCAGCAGCAGCCGCCGCAGCAGCAGCAGCCGCGGCUCCGGCUGGCAGAGAGCGGAGGCGGCGGCGCGAGCUGCGGCAGCGGCGCCUCCACCUCCGCAGCCACAAUGGCGACCGUCGGGGAGCGCAGGUCUCUGCCCAGUCCAGAGGCGAUGGUCGGACAGCCGUGGAACCACUGGGUAGAAGCUGCGAAACUUCCUGGGAAGGACGGGUCUGAAUUGGAGGAAAGUUUGAAGGAGUUUGGGAAAAAUCGCGAAGUAAUGCGGCUGUGCCGAGAAGAUAUGCCAAUAUUUGGUCUCUGUCCAGCCCAUGAUGAUUUCUAUUUGGUGAUAUGUAACCACUGUAAUCAGGUCGUUAAACCACAGGCAUUUCAAUCACAUUAUGAAAGAAGACACAGCUCCUCCAACAAGCCCCCUCUGACGGCACCGCCCCCUUCCAUGUAUUCCUUCUUUUCUUCCCUGUCAAAAAGUAAAGGUAACAACAGUAGCGCAGGUGGGAACAGCCGUUCUUGUGGUGGAAGCGUUAUCAGCGCACCCUCAUCCAAUUCCAAGUUGUUGAAAUCUCCCAAAGACAAGCCGCAGCUCAGUGGAAACAGUAGGCCAAUGCAUCCGGUACAGCACAGCCGAAUUCCCCAUGAUAAAAUCUUGACGCCUUCGGUCAAGGUGGAAAAGAUCCACCCAAAGAUGGAUGGGGCACUACUGAAAACUGCUCUCGGUUCGGCUGCCUCUGCUACUGUGAGUUCCUCCAUCAAGACUGGCCUUAAUUGUCCCUCAAUACCAAAGCCACCCUUGCCUUCCCCUGGACAGAUACUGAAUGGUCAAGGUCUUCUUCCUGCCCCUCCAGUUUUGGAAAAGAAGUCAGAAGAUCAUUCAAAUAAUAGGAAGUUUUUACAUAAGAGAUUAUCAGAGAGAGAGUUUGAUCCCGACAUAUAUUGUGGUGUCAUUGAUGUGGAGACCAAGAAGCCGUGCACUAGGUCUUUGACAUGCAAGACACAUUCCUUGACCCAGCGGAGGGCUGUCCAGGGUCGCAGAAAACGCUUCGAUGUGUUGUUAGCUGAGCACAAAAACAAAAGCAGGGAAAAAGAGCUGCUCCGCCAUCCCGAUCAGCAGCAGCUGCCGCAGCAGCAGAUCCCACCUCUCAGGGAACCACACGCCUCCCCUUCUAAAACAUCACCGGAACUGCACCAAAACUCUCACGGAGUGAUUCCUGCAGAGUCAAAGCCUUUAGUAUCUAAUAAACCCAGACCUCACAACCCCAGUCUUCCAAGGCCUCCAGGCUUCCUGGCCCCACCCAGUGGGAAUGCACCCUCCGAUUCUCCUGCCGCUAAUGAGUCUCCGCACCCUCCCCUGCCUUCGACUGAGCCAGCAUCUCGGGGAUCCAGUGACGAGGGAGAAGGCGAUGAGAAGGAAGAAUCUGUGGAAAAACUGGAUUGUCAUUAUUCAGCCCAUCACCCUCAGCCAGCGUCCUUUUGCACAUUUGGUAGUCGACAGAUUGGAAGGGGCUAUUUUGUUUUUGAUAAGAGGUGGAACCAUAUCCGAUGUGCCCUUAACUUCAUGGUGGACAAGCAUCUUAAUUCCCAGAUGUGGAAGAAAAUCCCUCCAGCACCUAGUAAUUUGGCAUCUGUUCGUGUUCCCCAGAGGACAAAUUCUGUGCCCCUGUCGCCCUAUGGCAUAAGCCCCCCGGGUUCUGUUUCCUCCACAGUGUCACCAUCACCAGUGUUGAUUUCGCCCUCCUGCAUCCCUCUGAACAGCAAGUCUGUACCAGCCCAUGGAACAACACUCAACGCCCCCCCGGCUGCUCUGGGGGCCGUGGACCCUGCGUGCGGCAUUCAGGCCCGACAGGUGUCCUCUUUGUCCCCUUUGGCCCCUUCCGUGCUUUCCUCAGUACCUUCCCCCGUGUCUGGGAAACCUCAGAAACUGAAAUCCAACAAAUCUUUGAAGCCUAAGGAGUCUCCUGCUAACAGCACGAACUGUAACAGUAUCAGCAGCAGCGGCAGCUCAGGAAAGAAACGCAAAAACAUUUCCCCACUGUUCACACACUCUUCCUCCUCUUCUUCCUCCUCCUCCUCUUCCUCCUCCUCCUCUUCCUCCUCCUCUUCCUCCUCCUCCUCUUCCUCCUCUUCUUCUCCUCAUUCCACAGACUCUUUUAGGAAAAAUUGUGUGGUUAACUCUGGAAACUCUGGGACCGUUUAUCCUUCCCCAAUGACAUCGUCCCAUAGCAUCAGCCUCAACUGUCUGACUAAUAAAGCCAAUUCUGUGGGCAUAAGGCACAACCAAUCAGGGAGGGGUCCCCUGAUGGGGAGCCCCUCGGAAUCCAUCAAGAGGAUGAGCGUGAUGGUGAACAGCGGCGAUUCCACUCUUUCCUUGGGCCCGUUUGUCCAUCAGUCCAGCGAGCUGAUGAUGGCUGCUAAUUCGCAUGGCGGCUUUUCCCACUCCCAUCCCCCUCUCGACAAACUCCUAGGGAAGAAGAGAAAGGGUGCCCCAGGCUCCAGCGCCAUCCACCACAGCAGCCAGUCCGGCAAGGUUGCCAAACUGCCAUCCAUGAACAGCGUUCACACCAAGCACCCUGGCCCACUCCCAGGGACACAAGGGCUGGCAAACAACUCUCUUCUUCCUCAGCCAAAGGCCCGUCCCUGACAGCUGGAAUAAAUACCAUAGUGAGAAAAGAACUGGACAGUUUUCACUACAAGUCAAACCUCCACCUGGCACUCUGGACUCCACGAUGCCUUUGAGUCUCUCCCAGCUUCCUGUGGUCCUCAGGUGUAGAAAUCUGCUGGACUGUUUGUUGUUCUAAAAAAGGAAUUCCCUGAAGCCAUGUCUGUAGCAGUGAACACCCUUAAUAGACCCUGGAUCGGGUUCAGCCACAGAAUUGCUUUUAUCAGUGUUAAAAGUGGUCUGGACUGCUUGCUACAAAUCUGUGAGAUUUUUACUUGCAGGAAGACAUCAUAUUGCCACUCUUUGAUAAAGAUUGGCUGGGCAAAAAGAUGUUUUGGGCAGAACUUUCCCACAGACUUCCUUCUUCCUCCCAGGCCAGCCCCCCUGGGGUCAUCCACAAGCAGUUAGGCACCCACCCUCUGGAUGACACCAAGGGAGGUACGGGGAGUGACCCUUCAGAAGGGAAUGUGGCUUUAUUGUUCGGGCAAUGGAAGACAGACAGUAGCCCAACUCAGCAGAACAAAACAGAGCGUACUUUUGCCCAGCCUUUUGCAAGUAACUUGGGAUAAGGAGCUGUCAGGAGUUUCUAACUUUUAAAAAGUUAGUUGUUUAAGCCAUCGAUGCCCAGAAAGCAAGUAUAAACUAUUUUGGAGGAAUACUUUUCAUGGUACAAAAGCAAUUCUAUGUGCUUUUUUAAUAAGAUGCAACUGAAAAGGAAUAUAAAAAUGCUAACUAGUUUUGAUAGAGGAAAGCCAAAUGAAAAAAAAAAUCACUGUAGGGGAAAAACCCUAUGCCGAGAUUUCCAAAGAAAUGUAAUUUCUUUUACAAGGGUAUUCCAUAGAGUCUUCACAUUGAAACAGCAUAUCAAAGUAGGUUGAUUAUACCUUCUAGCCUCGUUCUAUUUUCUAAAAAUUGCCUUUUUAAGAUGAAAUUAAUAGGAUACCAGAGAAAUGAGCAUUCAUAUUUUUAAUGUUUUUGGAGGUGAGUUAUGUGAGUUCUCCUCAACCUUCUCCAGAUACUGUAACAGAAAUCAGUUUUAAACAUCAGCUUGACCUGACCCUGUUUGUUAAACCCCCUCUGUGUCAGUACAGAUGAUUAAUUGGUUGGUUUUUGGUUUUUUGUGGAGGAGCUGGGGCCCGCAGCGUGGAGUGGAAAAUUUCACAUGCUGCCUAAAUAGCGUUUCUUUUCAUUCAUGUUCAUCUCCCAAGGAUCUCCAGGAUCUGUGCUUUCACCUUCCCAAGAGGGUUUUCUGAUCCAUCCAGGACAUUUCCCACCCACUCACCCCACCCCCCAGAGUGAAAUCUUUAAAGGGCUGAACGUCGUCAGAAUGUAACUGCUGGAGAAGUCACUCGUCACUUACUCGGGGGAGUGUUACCUGUGUCUCUCAGAGGGCUGAUCCCCCCUGCUGCUGUCAGUCAAAAACCCCCCUCUGUACAUCCUGCAUUCUCCCCUCCUUUUUCCUGCUCCUGUGUCAUGAACUACCAUUUCAGGGACCCUGAAGCCAGCAAAUGGUAGAACAAAAGCUCAGGUUGUUGGCCUAAUAAAGUCAGCUGCUCCAGACUCAUUAGAUACAGACCUGAGCACGUGUGGAACAACAAAAGACCCUUUAUGCAGACACUUUAGAGAGAAAUGUAUGUAAAAUAGUAAUUUUCUUGAAAGGGGUGGGAUAUUUUUCAUUGAUUAUGCAAUCAGUCACCAAAUGUUUUUAGGGUAAAAUAGGACAGCUAAUAAAAGAGUACAGACAUGUAGAAGGGGCUAUUUUCUUAGGUUAUUUGGAAAAACCAAUAGAAUGACUAGGUGACCUCCAAGGUCCCUCAGGCCAGCUCUAGAUCUAUGAUUUUAUGACCUCCCAGGAGCCAGCUGUAGGUGGGGAGGAGGGGGAGUGUCCGAACAGCCUCUUGUUGAAUCCAAGCACCCUCCACGCUUGGCGUAACAAGGGCAUUUUUGGUUUGAGUAGAUUUCCGUUUCAAAGCCAAGAAGGGAAUGUGAUGGCAAUAAACAAAGUCAGUUUUAAGUGAUAGAAUUUGUCUAAGAUUAUGUUACUCCAGAAAAAAGAAGUAAAAAGGCUACAUGAUGGCAAGUCAGAGCUGAUUCCGAAUAAUGUAGAUAUUUAGAAUAGCAGGUGUUGAUCAUUUGGAUUUCUUUUAGAUUGGGGUUUUUAAUUCCAUUCUCAUUAUGUCUCCUGGUAGUACGUACAUAAAGCAACCAGAUUAGGAAAUUAGCCAUGCCACAAACCAACCUACUCACACAGUGCUAUGGCACUGUAGACUGGUGGGUUGUUUUUUUCUUGGAACUUUUAUUUUCUCCUACAAUUAUCUUAGUACUUAUAAAUAAUUAAGAUAAUUUAAAACAGUAGCACAAGUACUUUUUGGAUUAAAUUAACUUGGAAAACCAAAUUUGCAGUGGUUGGGUUGUUUCUAGACAGAUUUUGGUAUUAAUUUAAAACCAAGACAAUUUUUAUAUUCUUUCCAUAGAAUUUCAUGACAAACUCCUGCAGUUUUCUUAACCUAUUUAAAAAAAUUGCUGCAAUGAUGAACAAAGAAUUAAUACAAAACCUACUUUUGUAUCUUUAUUUUGGAAUUUCUUGUUCUAUUAUAAAUAUUGAAGUAUCCCUAUUUCAGAAAACAUAUUUUGUUAAAAUUGAUUGUACAUAUUUAAAUAUGUAUUUUUGCACAGGUCUUUUUUUCUUAUAUCCAGUUUUGGUACAAUUGAGAUCAUCUAGUAUUUAUUUAUUAAUUAAUAAAAAAGUAAGUACCUUUUUAUAAUUUGAAGUGGUUCACUGCCAAGCCAAUAGUCCUAGAACUUGCCUACUCUAAAAUUUAAGGGAUGCCUCUGUUUCGUGAAAGUCUCUGUCCCUUUUAAUGUCUUGGGAGUGGAUUCAUAGAGAUUAACUGGGCAUUACUUCUAGUAAAUUGCCUAAUUCCCCAGAAGACUACAUUUAGUGAAGUGACACACUGCUUCUCCUUUGUUCCUGUUUUGUGAAUGCCUGUCAGUGCAGAUGUCUGUGUGUGUGUGCACGCGUGUAUGUGCGUGUGUGCGUGCCCGUGUGUGUGCGCGCUUGCAUGUGCAAGCCACUAGUAUGUGGUGGUUUAAAACUAAUGGAAAAAAAAACUGAAAAGUGCCUGAUAUAACUAGUUUCAAGCUUGGACUGUGUAGACAGAUUCUCCUUUAAAAGACUUGAAUGUUAAGUUGAAUAUAUUUUUAUUUUAUUUUUAUUUUUUUUUUGGAGCUUGCUUUUUCCACCUAACAUCAUUUCCAAAAUUUUAGGGGAGGAGUUAAAAAAAAUUACCUAAGCUGGUAAUUGGAUAAAGUAUUUUAAAAUAAGACAUUUUGGUUUGAAACAAUCCUGGUGGGUGAUAAAACUGUCCCACGAUGCCAAGAGUUGGAAUCUUUUUUCAGCCAGCAGUUUUACAAGACACGUCUUGUUUUGUUAAUUUACUCAUAACAUGCAGAGUUUAAAAUAGAAUAUGUAAAAUAUUUUCUACUCCAAAAAUCUAACAAAAAGAAGUACCUCUGAGAACAUUGAAGGAAAAAAAGCAUGAUCUGAGAAAUGUAACUGAAGGCCACUGUCUUCCUCUAAAGAGUUCUCUUGCCAAGGGCCUUCCCUGCUGUCUCUCCUUCUGCCUCCAGGAAAGAGUUGGGCUACACAUGAUUGUUAAGGGUUUGCUGUUUAGCAGAGAAUAAUCAUUUUUACCUUUUGUGCAAAACCUGUUACAUUUUCAGAUCAUUUAAAAUGAGCACUACGCGCUGUCGAUGUGAAUGUAGGGCCUGGAAAGCAUCUUGCUCUGUUUUGAGCCUGGUUCUAAAAGCAAUCUCCGGUGUCAAGUGUGUGACUAGUGUGAUAAUUUGUACACAAGAUGAAGAGCAUCUCAGCUGGACUUUGGGUUGGCUGCUGUAUAGUACAUGAACAAAUGUCAUGGGAUAGAAAAUUACUUUGGAUAUUUAAAAGAAAAGAAAUAUAUAGUCUAUUUGUUUUGUAACAAGUUUCUGUAAAUAAAAUAAUUUAUACUAUUUAUAAGAAAAAGUUGUGCUUUGCUUUAUGAAAAAUUAGUUUGUGGAACAAACCUGUUACUAAACCAGGCAAUAAAAUGAGGACUUCUUAAUAAA